ACAGUUUCCUUUUCUGUGAACUCCAAUUCCCAGCAGCCUUUGCACUUCCCACAUAAACGAUCAACACCUGGCCCCAUUUAUCUGAGCAAACACCCAAGUGGAUCAGUGAAGGGGCUUGAGAUGAAGAAGGGAAGCCUUUGAAUUCACCAAUGUCUACCAGAAGGGGCAAAGAGAAAGUGGCAGUGAGUAGAUAAAGCAUAAGACGCCGUUGCCUACAAAGAAGGUUCCAAGGAGCCCAGUUGGACCACAGCCAGGAUGAUGAUGUUUGAUACUUGCAAGGAGCCAGACCUGGGCAUUGUCUAUGGGGAACCCAUCAGGCCAAAGCCCAUCAUCCACAAGAGAACGGAAGGUCAGCAGAAAGCCCACCCAGUCGAGGAGGAGGAGGAUGUACCCCUUUUUCGUGGAGGAAGUUUCAGAGCCUCCUGGGAAAUCACGGUACAGACAAUUCCUGGUGCUGCUGAGGAGCAGGAUGUGUGCAUUGUGGGCGAGGAAAACAUCUGGCAGUUCCCCAACACCUGCGAGAGGAAGGCAUGUUUGCAGGAAACCCACUCAGUGGAGGGUCCCGUUCACAGCAAACUAGACUCCAAUGAAUCUUCAGCCCAGAUCGUUGUUGAUGCCACAGCCAGGAUGAUGAUGCUUGAUACUUGCAAGGAGCCAGACCUGUGUGUUGUCUAUGAGGAACCCAUCAGGCCAAAGCCCAUCAUCCAUAAGAGAAGUAAGGGUCAGCAGAAAGCCCACCCAGUCGAGGAGGAGGAGGAUGUACCCCUUUUCCGUGGGAGAAGUUUCAGAGCCUCCUGGGAAAUCACGGUACAGACGAUUCCUGGUGCUGCUAAGGAGCAGGAUGUGUGCAUUGUAGGUGAGGAAAACAUCUGGCAGUGCCCCAACACCGGCGAGAGAAAGGCGUGUUUGCACGAAAACCACUCAGUGGAGGGUCCCGUUCACAGCAAACUAGACUCCAGUGUCCCCAGUGAACCUCCAGCCCAAGCUGUUGUUGAUGCAGCUAAGGGACAAGACCUCUGCAUUGUGUAUGAGCAAGGUGUCCUACAAAAACCCGCCAUCCAUAUCGGAACAGGGUAUCCUGAGGAAGAAGACUCAGAGGAGGAUAUAGAUAAGCCUGUUGCUAGCGGGGGAGAUUGGAAAGGCCCCAAUGAAUCCACCUUCCAACCUGCUCUUGUUGCCACCGAGGAACAAGACAACCGCGUUGGGUAUGAGGAAAUGGUCAGUCAGAAGCCCAUUUUUCAAGGAAGAGGCCCCAGUGAAGCCACAGCCCAGAGAGAUAUGGAUGCAGCAGGUGUUGUGCAGUGGACAGAGAACAGAAGGAAAUCUUUGCGGAAAGCACAGGAUGAGAUGGUGGAGCAGAACUACCUGAGUCAGGAUGGACCAAGGACGGAAAAGAGAAGCCACACAGAACGGAAGACACAUGAAUCCAUCAUUCCUCGAAGUGGCUUCUUCACUGAGCAAGGAGAGCAACCGGAAGACAGAGAUGCUUUGAGAGUGUCCAAAGAGCAGAAAAGAAUUCAAAGGGCAGAGUCUGGAGGAGCAAGCAGUGGGAGCAGAAACAAUGGAAACGGCCCCACAUGCCCUACAGGGGUGAAGCGAUUUACUUGUUUGGAGUGUGGAAGGAGCUUCAGGUAUCAGAGUAAGUUUGCUCGACAUCAGAUCAUUCACACAGGAGAAAAACCACAUAAAUGUGCAUACUGUGGAAAGAGCUUCCGCACGAAAUCAAACCUUACAGGACAUGAAAGAAUUCACACAGGGGAAAAACCACAUAAAUGUGCAUACUGUGGAAAGAGCUUCCGCAAGAAAUCAAACCUUACAGAACAUGAAAGAAUUCACACAGGGGGAAAACCGCAUAAAUGUGCACACUGUGGAAGGAGCUUCCUCAAGAAAUCAAACCUUACAGGACAUGAAACAAUUCACACAGGGGGAAAACCACAUAAAUGUGCAUACUGUGGAAAGAGCUUCCGCAAGAAAUCAAAUCUUACAGGACAUGAAAGAAUUCACACAGUGGAAAAGCCUUUCAAAUGUUCGGAGUGCAAGAAAAGCUUUAGUUGGCAAUCAUGCCUUACUGCACAUAAAAGAACUCACACAAAGGAGAAGCCUUUCAAAUGUUCAGUGUGUAGUAAGUGUUUUUCUCAAAGGUCAAACCUUAGUAAACAUCAAAGGAUUCACAAAGGUGAGAGAGCCCAUGAAUGCUCAGUGUGUGGUAAAUGCUUCAGUCAGGAGGCAAACCUUACUAAACAUCUAAAGCUUCAUAGGAGGAAGACACCUUUUAAGUUAUCACCAGGGGAGAAACUGCACAAGUGUGAACAAUGUGGAAAGAGCUUCACCCGUAAACCAGACUUCAAAAGGCAUCAAAAGCACCACACAAGGGAGACGCCCAACCAGGGUUCAAAUCUCAGUGAGAGUUUAGGUGAUGGAUCGAGACCUCAUGAAGGUGAGAACGCACAGCGGAUGGAAACCAUGUAA